GGUCUGACCGUGUGCCGCUCUGCCCCACAGGAGCCUGAUGCCCCGGACCCUCGAGAGCCAGAUCACACUGGAGAAGACGCCCAGCUACUUCGUCACUCAGGAGGCCCCUCGCCGCAUCUUCAACAUGUCCCGGGACACCAAGCUGAUCGUGGUCGUGCGGAACCCGGUGACCCGGGCCAUCUCGGAUUACACGCAGACGCUCUCCAAGAAGCCGGACAUCCCCACCUUCGAGGGCCUCUCGUUCCGCAACCGCACGCUGGGCCAGGUGGACGUGUCGUGGAACGCCAUCCGCAUCGGCAUGUACGCGCUGCACCUGGAGAGCUGGCUGCGCUACUUCCCGCUGGCCCAGAUCCACUUCGUCAGCGGCGAGCGGCUCAUCACCGACCCGGCCGGCGAGAUGGGCCGGGUCCAGGACUUCCUGGGCAUCAAGCGAUUCAUCACGGACAAGCACUUCUACUUCAACAAGACCAAAGGAUUCCCUUGCUUGAGGAAAACGGAGUCGAGCCUCCUGCCUCGGUGCCUGGGCAAAUCGAAAGGCAGAACUCAUGUACAGAUCGACCCCGAAGUGAUAGACCAGCUGCGGGAAUUUUAUAGACCUUAUAAUAUUAAAUUUUAUGAAACUGUUGGACAGGACUUCAGGUGGGAGUGAGCCACCGCGACGCAAGGGCGUCUCGUCCUCCAGGGCUUUGCCCGGAGAGCCUGUGAGCCUCGGCCCCCCGCAAACCCAGGCUCCAGCCCCCUUUCCCGGCUCAGGCUCCAUCAUCCUGGAACCGGGAAGCCCAGCGGAGGCCACGAGACCAGGGUCCCAGCCGCCAGCUCUCCCCGGUCUGUCUAGGCAGCGUUGACCUGCUUCAGGCACGCCCAGUCCAUCGCGAAUCCUUUCCCUUCAGCCCAUAAGAGGCCUUGGGAAACUGCUCUAACAAGAGCAGAUCUUCUGAUUACGAUAGGUAUUGUCAGUGGUGAUGGUUCUGUCGCUGCGCACACAGCAGUCUGUCCCCGUCACUGUCCACCCGGAGUGGCCUUGCUAAUUGCGCGUGGCAUGUACCUCCCCACCGAGCUUCACUCUCCCUAGCCACCCUGGGGGGUGGGGUCGGAGCCCAUCCUCUUCCUCCUGACCUUACAGCUCAUCGAGACAUGGCAGAGCCCGAAGCACCCCGUGGCCACGCCUAGGCGACAGACCCUUUGAUGAUGAAAUAAACCAGAGAUUUCAAAGCCUGUGGUCUCAACUCUGCUUGCGGGGUAACUGUCUUUGAAAACCUCUUUGUGGCCCUCCCUGCUCCCUGUGGACAAAAGCACAUUAAUUCUGCUGUUACGGGUACCUUCCUCACGCGAGCUUUCAUGUUCAGCAUGCAAAGGAAUCAUGCUUGUCCAUGUGAAAUAAAUAUGCCUCUCUCGUGUCCUUAA